GUUGGAGUGGGAGGGGAGGGAAAGGACGUGGAGGCAGCGGCUCGAGCCGUAUCUUCCUCUACCGCAGGUCACGUGGAGGUGGCGCGGUAGCCUCUGCUUCCAACCCCCACCCCCCUCGGCGGAGCCCGGCGCGGCUGCAGCAUGGCGGACACGGCCUCUCAGAUGCUGCUGGGCUCCGGCCUCACGGUGCUCUCGCAGCCGCUUAUGUACGUGAAGGUGCUCGUGCAGGUGAGGCCUUCAGUCCUGGCAGGUUUUCCUUGCUCGUGAGGGCGACGAAGGGGGCGGCACUGAGUGGGUGGGAGGAGGUCAAAGCAGCCCCGGGUCGCCUCCCGCCCUCGCUUACUGGCCAAGAAGUUGCCUCCUCUCUCCCAAACGCGUUUCCAUGGCAGCGUCCCCCCCCCCCCGCGUAGCCAGCAGCCCCUCGAAGUAGCGGAGUCGCCCUUCGCUUUUGGUCUUAUGCAGGCCUUGCUUUGCUUCAGACUUCCUUUUCGCAGGGCGGCGGCUGUUUGCCUCCCUGCCCCGAGGCGUAGCAGCAGCAGCAGCGCCGCCGCCCCGGCGGAGGAAAAAGAAAGCCGCUCGUAGGGACGCGGGAAGCACUUCCUCACUUUCGCACCAUCCAGACAGCAGGGGCCGUCAUUUGCAGUGCAACUUCGCUUUUGAGUCUUUCUUUAUUGCGCUGCCUAGAACCGCAGGUGUUGAGGUGGGUCCGGCGAGGGGAGCCCUUGGGAAUCGGCAGCCGCAGCGUCUUCUCUUCCAGAGUUGAAUGGUUACUUACGAGCCCCCCCUCGAGACUGGUCGAUGGGAAAGACUUCCCCAGGGUCGAAUUUCAGUCCAGUUGCGGUGAACGGCUGGGCAAGGGUCCCUGGGUCCUUUGCAGAGAACCUCCCUGUUGUAGAAAGAAUGCUUCCUGUGGGGUUUUGCUGCUGUCAAGCACUCCGCCAGCUGCUUGUCACACUCGCAUGCCAUCCUGCCGCAGAUAUUCGUGGACUGGCAUUCCGUCUCUGAUCCGUUGCAUGAGAGUUUGUACCGCUGCCACUUUACCCUGCGGUGACACUUUAAGGAGACCCUGGCGUGGCGGUAACAGCAGUCAUGAAUGAAACAGCACUGAUCCACUGCAUCCACUGGGCUUCCAGAACCACCAGUUCCACAGUAGCAGCCAUAUAGAUUGAGUCCUAGCAGUGGGAUUUGCAACCGGUGCCGGUAACACCAGAGGGUCAAAAUCAGAUCCAAGACACUGCGUUUCUCUCGCUUGCUGCUUUUGCUGUGUCCGCAUUCCUGAGAGAACAAAAUUGCCAGUGCUAGCCACAGAACAACCCUCAUUGCAGAAGCCAAUGUUUAAUUUUAGCCAGUUUCAGACUGGCAUACCUCACUCAGAUGUUUUUGUGAGCCUGGCUGAUUUCUGAAUCUGGAUCAGUUUUCUGCGCUGGUUUUAUGUGUGCCUCUUAUUCAAAUUUGUCCUCUUCUCAUUUUUAUUGGUAGCGUUUUGGACACUCCCAGUAGUACCAGCCUCAAGAACUUCUUUAUUUAGUAUAUUUGGCUGCAUGUUGCUUUUGGCCAGCUGUGGCUUUGUACUCGUACCAUCAUUGGCUGAAAAGCAUAGCUGCCCCAGGUACAACAGCCCUGUCUGUUAAAAUAUUUAACAGCCUGCAUAUCCACCUUCUAAUAAAAAUGCAGGAAUGGGAAGCACAUUAGCAUUUCAGAGUUUGGAUACACAAAUUCCUAUAAUGUAAGGUUCAGAAUUUAAGGACAAAGGACAAUUGUGAGAUUUCCUGUUACAGUGGUGCCUCGCAAGACGAAAUUAAUUCGUUCCGCAAGUCUCUUCGUCUUGCGAGUUUUUCGUCUUGCGAUGCACGGUUUCCCAUAGGAAUGCAUUGAAAAUCAAUUAAUGCGUUCCUAGGGAAACCGCCUUCAGACCUGGUCGGGGGACAGUCUGUCCCCGGACCUCUUCUGAAGGCUGGGGGGGGGGGGCAAGGGCUUUUCUUCCCACCCCCAGCAUUUUAAAAAACCCCGGGACAGCGGAGGACUUCUCCGCUGUCCGGGCGAUCUUAAAAUGCUGGCGGGCGGCAUUUUAAAAUCACCCCGGGACAGCGGAGGACUUCUCCGCUGUCCAGGGCAAUUUAAAAGCCCCUGGGAAGGCAGGCAGGGGGGACAAAGACUUUGCCCCUCGCCAGCCUUCAGAAGAGGUCCUGGACCUCUUCUGAAGGCGGGCGGGCGAAAGUCUUGCUCCCCGCCUUCAAAAGCCCUCCGGGACAGGCAGGCAGGGGAGCAAAGACUUUCGCCCCCGCCCGCCUUCAGAAGGUCUUCCUCCCCCGCCCGGCUCGGAGCACCGCCCGAAGCCGGGCAGAGGCGGAGGUCUUCCUCCCCACCGCCCGGCUUCGGAGCACCGUUCCGAGCCGGGCAGAGGCGGAGGUCUUCCCUCCCCCGCCCGGCUCGGAGCACCGUUCCGGGCCGGGCGGCGGCGGCAGGUGUGCCCUCCCCCCCGCCCGGCUUCGGAGCACCGUUCCGACGCCGGGCGGCGGCGGCAGGUGUUCCCUCCCCCCCGCCCGGCUUCGGAGGAGCCUUCCGAAGCCCGGCGGCGGCGGGAGGAGGUGUCCCCGCCCCGCCGCCAGGCUUCGGAGGAGGUCCGAGGACAGAGGGGAAGACGCGCUUCCCCGCUGUCCCUGAGAUGUCCCUCUGGGCUGUCGUCUUGCGACGCAAGCCCAUAGGGAAAUUCGUUUUGCGAAGCGCCUCCAAAACGGAAAACCCUUUCGUCUAGCGGGUUUUCCGUCUUGCGAGGCGUUCGUCUUGCGGGGUACCACUGUAUUAGCCUCACAGUGGUUCUCAUAUGAUUCACUACACAGAGGAUAUGUGGAGCUAUGUAGUGGGAUAUCUAUCUCAAAAAUAAAUACCGCCUACCUCUGCCAAGAAAGCACAUUGUCUUCUUUGGUAAAUUGGGCUUGUGAAACACAGUGUCCAAUUUGUCCGUAAAACUUUUUGCUAAAUUGCAGACCUUGAUAAUGUGAGUUAUAAACUAUGGAAAACAUGUUGCCUAGUAUGAUAUAUUGUGACAAAUCAAGUGGCUAUUCACAGCAUAAAAAGCAAAAUAGCUCCAUGUUCUCAACUAGUUGUUUAACAUUUAAACACAGUAAACUUAUCUUCAGAGUCACCUAGAUCACAUCAAGGACAAACAUUUUAAAAUAACUUUACCUGGUUGGAAAAAAUGCAGGGGGGAAUCACUUUGGAGCGAAUAAGUGGGGGACUAGUGCAGUGUCUGUGGGAAUAUAUGUUUGGUCUGUAGCUCCAAAUUUUAUUUAAAGUAUUUAUUUCCCGUUCUUUAGCCAAAAAGAUUCCCAGAACAUCUUAUGACAGUCACUAGUAAGACAUAUAUAUGUAUAGCACUAAGAGAUGGCACCUGGUAUCCAGUGAUCCUGCCAGACUUUCUGCUGAACUGCAGACCACCCAGACAUUUAAUGUGAGCUACAAACUGUUACCAUCUUCUGAAUAUAGUGGUUUUAGAACUUUAAACUUACAGUUAGUAGCACAGCCAUAGAAUUCUAAGAACAAAAAAUUGAUCAUAUUUUCUCUUAUGGUUCAGUUUUCAAAUGUCCAGUGAGUGGAACAGCUGUAGUUGUUCACUGCUAGGGAAUGUUGGGGUUAUUCCUUGGGGUGCUGUUCACAUGUAGAGGUUGCUGUAGGCUGUCUCUUUAUUUUGAAGGUGGGAUAUGAACCCCUCCCUCCAACUCUGGGAAGAAAUAUCUUUGGGCGACAGGUCUAUCAGCUGCCGGGUCUCUUUGCUUAUGGUGAGUGCAUAAUGUAUAAGAUUUGUGAAUGAGCCAGAAAGACUUAAAGCAGGAUUGGAUUGCUGUAAUUGUUGCACUGCACUUGGUGGUGCCUAUGCCUUUGAAGCGGAGCUUCUCACGUGUACAAGGAUUAGCUAGAGAUCCUGCAACUGUUGGAACAGUGGCAGUUUAUAUAGGUAAAGUGGUGAGUCUCAACUCUCAAGAAGCUUCAGUGCUACAGCCAUGAUCAUUGGCUUUUGAAUUCAUGCAGUGAGACAGAGUUAGAAUAACAGGAAAGUACAAUGUUUGGGCAUCUGAGCCUCUCUCUUCCUGUAGCCUAUUGCCCUUCAAGUAUCCUUCAUAUGAUUUAGCCUGUGCAUGCAUGUGCAUGUCCCAGCAAUGCCACACUUCAUGCUCCGACUUGUAUAUUAUUGGCUCUGAGCUUGCUUGCUUUCUUGCACACUGUUACUCAAACUUAGGAUCAUUAACAAGUAACUUGUUACUGCAACCCAGAGAUGGGGGAGCUGUGACCCUCUAGAUGUUGUUCAACUUCCUAACCAGUUGGCAAUAUCUGGGAAACCUGUGACUUUCCCUCCUUGUUGUAGAGGAUGGCAGAGUUUGGGAAGGGCAAGCCGGGUUCUGGUGCAUGCUGACAUUAUUCUAAGUGUAGUCCAAUGUUCAGUUAAGCAUGCUGAAAUAAAUAGGACAUGAGCAUGCUUUGCUGUGCAGGAGAUUAUGCCUACAGCUGUGUAUCGUGACCUUUGUACUGAAGUUUCUAACUUGGCAUCAGGCCCAGUCUUCUCUAGCAUAGGAUAGGCCGAGUUUUAAAUUGUUUUGCAUCCCUAACUUCAUUUUUUUAAACACAUUUUUGAGUGCUGGAAUCUCCUCUAGGCAGGUGGGUGAAUGGGGUGAGCAGUCAAUGUUGAGUAUUAUCUUUUAAUCUGUAUUGACUUCUGUUUUCAGCUAAACACAUUAUGAAGAUUGAUGGAAGGGCUGGACUCUUCAAAGGUUUGACUCCUCGACUUUGCUCAGGAGCUAUCGGCACUAUAGUGCACAGUAAGGUUUUACAGGUACUAUAUAAUUUUAUUCUAUAGCAACAUUAGUAUGCUAAACAUUUCACAAUCUGAUAAAGUCAGCCAUGCCCUGCUAAGCCCUGCCAAUAAGGUGUUAGUUGCCUUUUUAAGGCAGUGAAAGUCGUUAUUUGGAACACCUGUAGAACAGUGUGCAAGUUCAGGUAUUAUUCCCGCCUUCCCUAGACUCAAGUUGCAUUCUUUGGCUUGUCAGAGAUUGAAAGGAAUGCUUGCUAUGGCAAAUAUGAGGAGGGUGUUUGUAGUUGUCUAGGAUUAAGCCUUAGUAAACACAGUGGGCUGUUUCCACAUGGAAUGUAUCACUUGAAUAAGUUUUAUCUGCUCCCCUCCUUCUCUUGUGUGCUCCCAUUCAUUAAAUUGCAUCCUCUUCAGCGUAAGCCCAGAUUUCCAAUUGUAUUCAAAUAAUCAGGGUAUGGUAUGUACUCAGCAUUCACACAGGGGUUGUAAACUAGCUUAAAGCCUUGGCAGACAAAAUUUGUUCUUAGAGCACCAAAGCAUAGCUUGGCAUUUUAUGGCCCAAGCCAACAACAGUUCCAAAUAAAGGUAUUUGCAAGUCAGACUUUUUGGUUGCUACCAAUAAUUAUUGUGAUUGAUGCUGAGAGUGAAUGGCAAGAUACUUGACAGUUUCAUGGGGUGGUUUCCAGCAAAGUAUUUUGCUAGUGCAAGGGCUUCUGGCUGUGCAGCAGAACUUCCCUUCCUUCUCCUCUCCCCAUGCAUCCUCUAAAUGUAUUCCGGGGGUUACCCCAAUCCCCUGAAGCAGAUUUGGGGAGGGUGCACGGGUGAGGAGAGUGAGAUGAAGUUCUGUUGCACUAACAGAACUACUAUUUUGGAUACGACACAUGGUUUUGACAAUCAGGUCUCUAAGCAUCAAAACUGUUUAUUUAUAGGAUGCACCAUUUUGAUCUAAAUUUAGUUUAGCCUUGUUUUCUGUGGACUGCCUGGAUUGCUACUGUGGCCACUUGGCUGUGCCAACCUGUAAGUAGCAGUUUCAGUUUUUUAAGGCUGUUUCUCUGCUUUUAGUUACACAGAAGAACUAGAUUGGCAGAUGACUCAAAUGCACAUUGCUUUCAAUAAUUAAUCUGUGAAGAAUCCUAUAUAACUCAUAGAUAUAUAAGUAGUGUUGUGGACUUAGAAUACAUCUUGGAGAAAUCACUGAACAUAUUGUGGGAUAAUAGUUGCAGAGUAACAUGCAGGUUUUUAUAGGUAUAUGAAAAUCCUUCAGAAGUACUGUAUUUUUCCAUCUAUAAGAUGCCCCCAUGUAUAAGAGGACCCUUAUUUUUUCAGCCCAAAAUUAAGAAAUAAAUAUUUUAAACACUCUGUGUAUAAGACGACCCCCAAUUUUAAACUUUAAAAAUUUGGGGGAAAAUAUAGUCUUAUACAUGGAAAAAUAUAGUAUGUAUUACUUUUUCCCAAAAAUUCAGCUGGCUUGCAGUAAGAGUACGAGAAGUAAUAUGUACCUUCUUUUCAUUGGGAAUAAUUCAAGUAACAAUCUUGAGGACAUUUUUGAGACAGACGGCAUGGAAUAUUGAAAUAUAUUUUAAAAAUUUAAAAAUUGUGCAGUAGCACCUUAGAGACCAACUAAGUUUGUUCUUGGUAUAAGCUUUCAUGUGCAUGCACACUUCUUGAGAUACACUGUAUCUGAAGAAGUGUGCAUGCACACAAGAGCUUAUGCCAAGAACAAACUUAGUUGGUCUCUAAGGUGCUGCUGGACAUUUAUUAUUAUUAUUUUAUAUAUUUCGACAGUGUCAGACCAACACGGCUACCUACCUAAAUAUAGAAGCAUGGAAUAUUCUUAUUCUUAUUAAUUAAAUUUAUUAGACACCUUUUCUUGCAAUCCAGUCGUGGGAAUGGGAAAGUAAAUGCGAAGACAAUUACGUAUGCUUAAAAUGCUGAGAAUGAGGAGAUAAGCCAUGGGCUCAUUUUUCUCUGUUUUCCUACUUCUAGCACUGCCAGGAAGCUGAUCAAGUUGAGGUAAGUAGGUUCUUAGCUUUUAUUUGUUUGCAUGAGUUGCUUCUCCCUUUCCCACCCAAGUGAUUGCUCCUCUAUUUCCCUUCCCUGAGCUCAUGGGUAUUGGGAGGUGGCUGCUGCCUGUAUCAGAUGGUAUGUAGAGUAGUGCAUUCUCUGGGAGUUCUGGGGUUCUCCAGAAUAUCUUCCAUCCAGAAUUUGACAGCACAACAAGAUGCCUUCUACAGACAGCACUGGAAAUGCCAUCACCCCACGACUUCUGAUGCUCACUUUUCUCUCCAGGACCCAGGGAUCAGCCCCAAGGAAUCCUCGUCCUCCUUGGAGCAAGUUGUUAAGGAGGUAAGAGAUGGAUUCAUUUGUCAUGGGCUAAGCUGGGAUGUAUAGGGACGCGGGUGGCGCUGUGGGUAAAACCUCAGUGCCUAGGGCUUGCCGAUUGCAUGGUCGGCAGUUCGAAUCCCUGCGGCAGGGUGAGCGCCCGUCUUUCGGUCCCAGCUCCUGCCCACCUAGCAGUUCGAAAGCACCCCUAAGUGCAAGUAGAUAAAUAGGUACCGCUUUAUAGCGGGAAGGUAAACGGCAUUUCCGUGUGCUGCGCUGGUGCUGGCUCGCCAGAGCAGCUUUGUCACGCUGGCCACGUGACCCAGAAGUGUCUCCGGACAGCGCUUGCCCCCGGCCUCUUAAGUGAGAUGGGCGCACAACCCUAGAGUCGGACACAACUGGCCCGUACAGGCAGGGGUACCCUUACCUUACCUUUAAGCUGGGAUGUAUUAGGAUUUCACAUGCACAGGUGCCAGGGUUGAAUGGUGACAAUCUGUUCACUGACAGAACUGAUCAGGCAUUGUGUUUUGGAUAAAUUAACAUGGGCAGCCUCCAGGAAUAGGAGCCAAGCUUGGCUCCCCUUCAAAAGAGGCACUUCCACCUACCCACUGCUAAAAGAUGCUGGGGGAGCAGGAGGGUGUGUGAGGUGAAUGACUGGGUGGCAAAGACAAGUCAGGCAGUGGGGAACCAUUUAGAGCAGCGGUUCUCAAGCUGUAGGUCCCCAGAUGUUGAACUACAACUCCCAUCAUCCCUGAGCUUUGGCCUUCCUAGCUAGGGGUGAUGGGAGUUGUAGUUCAACAACAUCUGGGGACCCACAGGUUGAGAAAGGCUGUUUUAGAACCUAUGGGGCCCUUGGUUGGUGCCUGGCAAUGGUGCAGAAGUGACCCACAUUGCAGCCUGCCAGUUUUGUUCCAUAUCAGUGAACAGAGGCCAGGAUAACUGACUUUAAGCAUGCAAUAUUGGGUUGUAAUUAACCCAGCAUAAAGGAGGGUUCUGCUUGCCCGAAGGAGCAAUUUAUUCUCUCCUCCCACUGUGCACUGUCCUGGGGGUUCUCUCAAUCCUCCUGAGCAGAUUUUAGGAGGAUGUGGCAAGAGGAGAGGGAGGGAAAGUCCUGUUACGUGAGUGGGAAUCCUUGCAUUGGCUUCCAUGGGGGGGAGGAGACUGGGGGAAAAGCACAUUAUACAAGCAGAAGCCCUUGGGCAGGGCUUCUGCUGAUGAGUUUGUUAGGUGAAUCCCACCCAAUAUGACAGGAUGUCUGCAAGCUGUUUAAAGGGGAGUGUACAUCCAGGCACAGAAGUCCUAGAACUAGAGAGAUGAGGCACCUAGAAAGAGCCCUUCCAGUGUGCUAUAGUGGGCAAUAGGAUGCACUUGGAAAGUCUGUGCCUAGCGUGAUAAUAGAGCAAAGCACUGUCUCUAAAUGAGUUGAAACCUGUGGCUCGGCUGAAACUAGCUUUGAUUGGUAGAGGAAUUAUAAACUCAGUUUUAAUCUCAAAGUGCAGCUUCUUAACACAAAUGCUUCGAGUUGUAACUCACACUAAGUGACAGCCAUUAGGUGCUUUAGUGGAAUCUGGUCAGAUGGGGAGCAUUCUGUCACUUUAAAUCUUGCCAUUUCCUUGGCUGGCUUUCUGCUGAUGUUUUUGCCAUUCCUUUUGGUCAUAGACUUCUCAAGAGAUGAUUGCACGUUCUGCUGCUACACUAGUCACCCACCCUUUUCAUGGUAAGUGGGGGCUGUAGCCCUUUGGUCACUGCCAGCACACAUUUACCUCUCUGGCAACAAGAAAGAGGAAAGUCAUUCACCAGCCUUUCCUUGUUACAUUCAGGUCCCUUCAUGGUCAUUGUUUUUUGUGCUACGGGUAUCCAUCUUGCACACUGCUGGCUUUGAUCAAUUAUCUGAUAUGUAAUUAUUUCCUGAUGACAUUUAUACUCCGUUUUUCCUAAUCAGCUGAAGGUGCCUAACAAAAUGAGUCAAAACACACUGGAAGCCAGUGCAGCUGUUUCAGUAAGGGGGGUCACAUGGUCCCUGUACGCAGCCCCUGUUAACAGGCUGGCUGCAGCAUUCUGCCAAUUGUAGCUUUCAAAAGCAGCCCAAUGUAGAGAGCAUUGCAGUAAUCCAAAUGUGAUGUGUAUGAGGCAAGUGUUGUCGUGACAAAGAAUGGGCAUAGUUGGCACACUGGUGUCAGCUAGGCAAAGGCAUUCUGGCCCCAGCUGUCACUUGGGCAUCCAAGGUCAUAGCUCCUUACCAUGAGCCUGAAUUUUCAAGGGGCAUUCUAUUCCAUUUAACUGUGGUUGAACCCCUGUUCCCGAACCAGGGGCAUAUCUGUCCUGUCUGAGUUAAGCUUCAAUUAGGAGAGUGGCGAAGUAGUGUGUUCCUGUGUUGGCCUGAGUAGGGGAAGGAGAGUGGGGAGGAUCCUUGCUGAUGUCAUUUCCCUUUUCCCUCCGUCCUUGUCCUUCAGUGAUCACGUUGAGGUGUAUGGUGCAGUUCAUUGGCAGAGAGACCAAGUACAGGUAUGUGCAUAUUUGUGACCAGGCGGCUUCCUUUGGACUUUAGCCCACAAGGCCAAUGCCUUUUUUGUAGGAGAACUUAAAAAGAGGCCAGGGAGCAAUUAGUGUGUGAGCACAGAGGUUUCCUGUCAUCGUUGAAGUUGAAAAUGGGGAGGGGGUCAGGGAGAGCCACUUGUUUCUUGAUUUCUGAGAGUAAAUGAAUUUCUUUCUUAAUUUUCAGUGGGGUGUUGAGCUCCUUUGUCACCAUUUACCGGGAAGAGGGCAUCUUGGGAUUUUUUGCGUGAGUACUUGCUUGUGUAUGUGUGUGGGGGGGGGUGAACUUCCUUUUGUACCUGCCAUGGUUGUUGGUUCAUGGGGGACAUGGGGAACAGGGAGGGACAGAGGGUGAGUCCAAUUAUGGCCAGAGCUCGUGGGAGGCAGAAUGUUCAACUAGUUGAAACUUUGGUCUAAUUCAGCCCAGAUUUUCUUAAGCAGAUUGUGAUCUUUCUUGGGAGAAUAUGUAACAUUGUGCUUUGCACUAAAGUUGAUCAGCCUCCCAUCAUGGAAAUACAGCCAGACUUUCUGCCUCACACACUGGAGGGAAGCGUGCAUAUGUAUGUAACAUGUUAUUUCCAGGCAGUAUGUGGCCUUCUCACUUAUCAGUUUUUUUCCUUUUCCAGGGGCCUUAUUCCCCGCCUGCUUGGGGACAUCCUGUCCUUGUGGCUCUGUAACAUGCUGGCCUACCUCAUCAAUACCUAUGCACUGGAGAAUGGGGUAAGUAGACUACAGGUAGUGUGAUGUAUGGGGUGUAGACAAUGGAGUGCUGAGCUCAGGUAGGCAGGUAUGAAAGGUUUCCUCCCCUAGCCUUGGUCAGCUUGAAGGGUCCCUAUUGUGGUCCUGUUGCACAUCCUCCUGAGCAAUACAGUGGAACCUCGGGUUAGGUUACCCUCAGGUAAUGUAAACUUCGGGUUGUGAAAAUGGCAAACCUGGAAGUGUUUCGCCGCACGCACAUGUGCAGAAGCGGUCUCUCCGGUUGCGAAAACUUUGGGAUACUGCUGGACCUCCUGAACGGAUCCCGUUCACAACCAGAGGUACCACUGUAUAUCCUUUUUGUCCCCAGCCUCUGAAUGUGGUUGCCUGUUGCUACCUCCAUUACAUCUAGUACUUUCAGGCAGCUCCUUCAGAUUUUGCUCCAGUGCAGGGAUUAUGAUGGAUUUGGGAAUGAUUACUCUUAAUUGAGGAACAGGGGUCAGUUACUUUGUUUCUCUUCUUUCUAGGUCUCCACCAUGACUGAGAUGAAAAGCUAUUCUCAGGCUGUCACUGGAGUGAGUGUAUAGUUCAUUUCUCUUUCCUGUGGGAAGAGGGGGCAGGUUGUGUCCUGAGGAUGUGAGCGUAGGCAUGAGCACUUCAUCCUGAAGUUUGGGGGUGAUGCUGGUGAUGUCCUGUGCAAGAAGCCUUGCAAGCUGUACACCUCAGGAUCUCUGUUCAAUACCUGUGAGAUCCGUGUGAUCUCUAGUGCUGAGCUCCUAAGUAGGUGCUGUUGCUUGGCUCAAACUACUGUUCGGCUUAAGCUGAACAAUUACCAGCCGUUUCAUUUUAUCUGCUUCGUGAUUGCUGUGAACUCCUGUCCUGAAACAGAAUUGCGACUGCAAUAACGCUUCACUGCCCUGUGGAGCUCCUUCUCUCUAGCCUAAGGCAUGCUCCCUGCAACUACAGCUCUAAGAAGGUUCUGCCAUUAAGAGGCCAUCAGCUGGGUGGGGCUUGUGAAGGAAAACUGAGGGACUCUUUUCAUUGGUGUAUUUUGCUGUAUUGUAUCUGCAGUUCUUUGCCAGUAUGCUGACUUACCCCUUUGUACUCGUCUCAAACCUGAUGGCCAUUAAUAGUUGUGGGUGAGUGCAGAGUCUGAUUUCUCUAACUUGGCUUUUGAUUGUGUGUUUUCAAAUGUACAAUACAAGCAGUUCAGUCUCAUUUAGUCUUGGUUUGUCAGGUCCCUUUCCUUCAUGAAGCAAUGAGAGCUUUAGCAAUGUGCUGCAUCUCGCAUCUGUUCUCUUCAUAUUUUCAGCAGCUGCUUUUCAGUGUUUAGGUACCACAACCCACAGAGCUUGAAAAUAAAGCAUCUGACAUGGAAAGUCUCCUAGAAUAGCUCUUAAGGGUUUAAUUUAAAAGUUCAGUGGUCAAAGAGCCAUCUCCUUCAGUGCGCCCUGCCUAUGUUCAAAAUAGUUGUGGCUGGAGAUGCAGCUAAGGAUUUCUAAAAAUUUGAACCUGGCUUUCAAUCUUGUGGUUAUCUGCAAAUCCAGUAAAUAUUUUUAAAUUCAUGUGGACACUAAAGGUCUAUUCAAUAGAUUUCCAAUCUCAAGAGAAAAUAAGGGAUCUGUCCUGUUUCUCCCUGUGGUUGUCAAGCUUUUUUUAUUCAUUUUUAUCUUACUACAGUACAUGGUUUAUGGGUGUUGAUUUUAUUAAUGAGUCUGAUCACACAGAGGUAGAAAAUUGUGAUUCUUUCAUUGUUUGAUGGGUUAGACCAAGCUUCCUCAACCUUGUCCCCCCAGAUAUUUUGAGACUACAGUUCCCAUCAUUCCUGACCACUGGUCCCACUAGCUAGGGAUCAUGGGAGCUGUAGGCCAAAAACAUCUGGAGGGCCAAGGUUGAGGAAGCUUGGGUUAGACACUGGGAUGUACCUUCUGGCCACAAGGAGACAGGAUGUUGAGAACUGUGGAGUCUCUUGAGAAAAUACUUAAAUUAUAGGUCUGGUUCAUGCAUCACAUGAAACCAUAGUUAAUGUGAAUGAGCAUGUUAUGGGCUUACUGCUUGGUUUGGAGAGAAGCAAACCACAAACCUUGUGUUUCAGACGCCACAACAAGCCAGGAUUUGUGGUUUGUUGCUCCCCAUGCAGACAGAAGCUGAGGAGAAGUGAAGUAAGGACUUCUGAGCCCACUCCGCUUUCACAAUAAACCAUGGUUAAACUCGCAUUAAACCAUGGUUUUAAGCAUUAACUAUGGCUAUGUGCAGGGACGCAGGUGGCGCUGUGGUCUAAACCACAGAGCCUAGGGCUUGCUGAUCAGAAGGUUGGCAGUUCGAAUCCCUGCGAUGGGAUGAGCUCCCAUUGUUCGGUCCCAGCUCCUGCCCACCUAGCAGUUCGAAAGCAUGUCAAGUGCAAGUAGCUAAAUAGGUACUGCUCCAGCGGGAAGGUAAAAGGCGUUUCUGUGCGCUGCUCUGGUUUGCCAGAAGCGGCUUAGUCACGCUGGGCACAUGACCCGGAAGCUGUACGCCGGCUGCAAGCCUGAACUGCUGGUGUACAAAUGCAUUUUUAUCUAGAAGGAACAGACCUUUUACUUUGCUCAUUGAUUCAGACCUGUCUCACUCUCUUUCUUUUUUUAAUGUAAAAGCUCAGCCUGAAUGUUCUUUGAAGUAAUUGUUCUAGUCUAGAAGUUGCAUCUGGGCUACUGUUUCCCAAGUGACUAUGAAGCUAGAAAUGCAUGUUCUGCACAUGGGAUAUUGUUGGUGAGCUGUUUUGGUAAAUUACCCUGGUCUCUUGCUGUUUCUCAGGCUCGCUGGUGGCCUCCCUCCUUAUGCCCCAGCCUACUCGUCCUGGUUACACUGCUGGAGCCAGCUACAGGGGGAGGUAUGUCUGUCUUGUCUGCCCUUUCAUUAGAGGACCAUAGCAUCUUGCCCUUGAUGUGGGUGGGAGAGGAAAUUGGCAAUACAGAGUCCCCCUUUCCAAUUCUUCCAGGGGUUUUGGCCGUUGGGUGUACCAGCCUCCCAAGCAAGGAUGCCAGACCAAGAUCUCACUGUGUGGCUUGGGGUGCCCUCACAGCAUUCCAGCUGCCACACCAAGUGUUGAUGUUCCAGGGUGGGCAAGCUUCAUCUCUUGGGGCUUAGUUUUAUGGUUGGGAGAGCCUUGAAAUAGGGAGCUGUCUCCAAGCUCUUUCUUUCUUCAGGAAAGAAGAGAGAAAGAGAGACUCUGCCCCCACUCCAAUUAAAACAGAUUGCCCCUGACAGAAUUUGACCCUCAAUGGGGGGGGGACCCCUCUGUAUUUGUUGCUGGCAAGAUGCUGGACCUCUGUCCCCAAAGUCUCAGUCUCUAUUCACAUUCCCUCUCAUGCCUCCUUUUUCCUCGUGUUUUCAGGGUAACAUGAGCAGAGGGAACAGCCUGUUUUUCCGGAAGGUGCCUGCAGGGAAGCGGUAUGUGUGGGAAGAGAAGAGAUUUCACUGAGCCCUGGGCCUCUUGCGGCCGCUCCAGAUGCACAGAAUGAUGGCAGUGUGUUGAUUUCUAUACAGUUUUUUAAAAAAGAAAAAUAAUCAAAUUAAUCUUGGGCAAUGGACCUGGCUGUGAGCAUGACUUAAUGACAAGUGUGAUGGGGGGAGUUUCAUUUCCGUCUCUCAGAUCGGUGGAAGGCAGCAGGGGCAAGGAUGACAGGAAAGCUACCCCUGUCAGAGGAAGAAAAAAAAAAGACGGCUUACACUGUUGGGAAUGUGGAGAGUUCUUUUCCUUUUCCCGAGAGCACUGAUGUCUGUGUUGAUGGGAAUGCUAUCUUUCUCCCCAGCUCCUACCUUCUGAUGGUACCAUCCCAGGACUACUGUGGGUUGCUGGGGGAAAGUGGACCAAUAUUUUUUUUCCUCCUGUCCCCAGACAGUACAGUUCUUAGCCUUCUCCCCUUCAAACAUUUUGUUAUAUUCAGGCAUGAAAAGAUUGCCGGCAAAUUGCUAGCCCUGCUUUGCUGUGCAGGGAGUUAAGCAUUAUGGAAGCUGUGGUGGGCAAAUCAAGCAUGUAUGCUGUCACCAAGCAGAUCUGGAGUGUGCCUCUAAAUUUCCUUGGCAACACUCUUGUGAUAGCCACCACGGAGAAUGUUGCUUGAAAUGGUUCCACACUGCCAUUGCAUGGGGGGGGGUGUUUCAGGGCAGAUGCUCACUAUGUGGAUUAGGCAGGCUUCCUCCCCUUACCCAGUCAAGCCACUGCAAGCAGUCAGAUAUGUGGUGGAAAUGACCCAGUCUGGCCAUUAAGAGGUGGUGUGCACAAGGCUCCCACACAGUGACAGCUGCCAUAUCGUGAUCCAAAUUGGCCUCUCUGGUCACAGUAAUUUGUGAAUCGGGCCUCCACAGCCGAAAUGUUGGGGCACUCUGAGGAACAAGUCCCUGCAUCUCAUCUGCUACUGUUUCAGGGGUUCUGAACAAACUGGGGGGGGCGGGGAAUAGAAAGCAACUGUCUUCUGAAAGUGUUUUUCCAAGAGGAUUGAAAUGUGUCAAAUGCAGUCUAUUGGCCAUAAGAGGCUCUAGAAGAGGUGAGUUCUUAUGUGUCUGUGCCUAGCAAAAUUGCUCUUUGAAAGCAUGACCGUGAAACCACUGGCAGUGCGGAAUGUGACGUGUUAACUCAGUAUGCUAUUAGGAAAGUCUCUAUUAGCAUUCUUUGUUAAUAAAGUUGUAGACAGUGUAACCAGAAGGCAUAAUUCCUGUAGGCUUUUGUUCUCGUACAAACCAGCCAGCUAAGGCAGAAGAGGGUGAGGUUAGCCCCCUGUCCUCAUUCCUGUACGAUCUGUGCUACUCGCUCUUGGACCUUCCAUGAUUUCACAAAACAAGCACGGUUGCUGCUACUCACGUCACAUUACCAUCUCCAAAAAGAAAUGCUGGGUUUGUGAGGGACGGAGGUGGCGGUUUGCCAUAUUUGUCUACUGCCUAAAGAUGUAGCUUUUAGACAGGGGUGUUUUGUACACUCAUUUGCAAACUAUAAAAGGGGGUUACAUUUCCAGCCACAUUUUUCUUCUUUCUUAGCUCUCAUCUUACACUCACUCUAGAUGGCAUUUAGGGGCUUGUUGGUUUGUGGAUUGGAGCAAGGCCGCCAUUUCUUGGAGGAUGAAUGGAUCGAACUGCACUAGUAUGUGACCAAAUAGAUAAUAAUGAAUAUGAAUUAGGGUGAUGAACAUAGGUGAACAUAAUGUCAUGAAAUGCAAAAGCAGCUGCAUAUCCACUAUGCUGGUGGGGCCAGUAGUACAGGUAAGAUACUUACAUUUCUAAGAGCCUAAAUUGGCCUUCAUCAAUAUGGUACCCACCAGAUAUUUUGGACUACAGCUCACAUCAUCACUGAUUAUUAGUCAUGCUAGCUGGGGUGGAUGGGAGUUGUGCCCUUCAGAUGUUUUUGGAUCUGGAGUAAGAAACACCUUGUCUAAAUGGAUAAAGAGGAUAGGAGUGAAGAUGAUGCAGAGAAUUGCCCACAAGCACUAAGAGUACGCACACACACCUGUGCAAUUUUCCAGUAAACUAUUAACAUUGUACCAGACAAUGUGUGUCUUCCCCCAAGCUUAGGUAGGACCUCUUGUUCUUGGCUCCUAGAACAGCUAAAUGCAUUUUUACAGGGUUGUUGGGUGGGUUUGUGGGGGGUUUUUAAUGCCCCAGAUAAUACUUUGUACUUGCUCAAAUGUAGCUAUUUUAUUCCUUGGUAUCAGUAAAGUUUGAGUUGUUAUUUGAAGCUGUCAUUCAGCAAUGAUGAACAGGUAUGAGAAAUGGGCUCCCAACAGUAGCCCUUGUGGUAUACUGCUGGAAGUGCACUCUUGCGUUGAAUACUAGAAGCUAUGGGAAGAAUUGAGCUUCACACUCUUCUGUCACUCUUUCUACUUGCCAGACAGACCAAUCUCUCCUCUCCUCCCACCACAUGCUGUUCUUGGGGUUCUCUCAACACCUCCCACCCUAUGAGCCAAUUUCAGGGGGCAUAUGGCACGAGAAGAAAGCCCUAUUGUGCUAGCAGAACUCCUGUGUGGGCUUCUUCUGAUGGGGGACCAGUUCGUUGACUCUGGCCCUAUGUAUCUUCUGCUGGUACUCAGGCCAAACAGUGUGCAUUUUACAAAUGUGAUAUAAUUUAAUUGGAAUUUUCUGGUGUUAAAGUCAAAUAUUGUAUAGCACAUGCCUUAACAGUUGUCUGCAGCGAUUGCACAUAGCUUCUCCCAAUACUUCAUUUAAGGUUUUGUUUACAGACAUUAUCAUUUCUAUUACUUUACUGAGCCUCUACAAGAGGUCUACAUAAAUGUUUUGUCAGGGUAUAAACAGGGAGCAGUACUGCUAGGUUAGCCAACUGGAGGCUUCAAACCUGUCAAAAGUUCUCAGACUUCCUCUGGUGGCCCAGCAACCCUGGGAUGCAACUCUUCCGGGAGCACAGAUGGAAUCGGUGAAAAUCAAAUCUAUCCUUCAUCUGCUGGCUAUUUGUUUGAGGUCUGGAUCUAAUCGGUGUUAGCUGGAAAGGUAUUGAUUCAGCUUAGAUGUUAACUGUAGGGCCAAUGUGCUUGUGUCCAGAUUAUUAAAUGUGAACCUAGUUCUUGAAACUUCAUGCAACUUAAAAUAUAUAUAUAUAGGAAUUUUCUCAUUUAAACCAUCUGUUUCUGCUACCACUGGUUUGUUUUUUACUGACAGAGCUUUUGAAUAGCCUGUCACAGCAGAGAAAUGGGUGUAUGCAGGUCGUAGGACAGAAAACAACUAGUAAAGUUGGCUUCAAGGCAUUGUAGGGCUCUCUGCAUUGAUGUGUUGUUUUCCAGGACAUCACCAUAGACUGGGUAAUUGAGGCUUCGUAGCUUCCUGCCUAGUGCUGCUAUCACCAGCUGAAUGUAGCCUUUGCCACGGUGUGCUGGCAUGGUGUAAGCAUGGGUCAGGCACCCAAAUUGAUCCAGCAGGACCCAAGAGAUAGGACAUCCUCCAGCAUCCAGAAGGCAACU